UUAUAUUUACAGAAAUAAUUAUACUUGAUAGUGUAAGUUCAAAAUGAAGAUCCAGCUUACCAUAUUAUGUGUUGCGCUUCUCAUCUACUCUGCGAUGGGAUGCGAAUACCAUGAGAACUUGAAGCGGCUGCGUCUUCAGAGAGAACGAGAAAACGCGCAAAGGUUGCGGGAUCUGGCGAGUCAGAAUCUACUUAGACAACAGGAGAGAGCGUACAAGGAUGUCAGGCAAUCGAUUUAUGGAGACGGAUACGACCACUAUGCAUCGUCGUAUGUUGAGUCAGAACCUCCAGAAGGAAACAAGUGGUGUGGCGGAACGAAUGAAUAUUACUGUCCAAUUGACUCAACUUGCGUAGCAUCUGCAGGUGGCGAGUACAGAUGCCGAUUUGCCAGCCAAGUACAAGUCACCAACGACCACAGCUCCCACGAUCACAGUUCUCACGAUCACGGCUCUCAUGGAAGCACUCGCGUGCACGUACCUUAUGUACCGCGACGUAGGCUUACGUAUCCAAUACGUACCAGCGGAGUUUCAAGCACUAGAACCUACUAUCCGAGUACUUCGGGCAGUUCUAGAUAUCCCAGUACCGGAGGGAGAAGAUACCCUAUCAGCGGCAACAGAGUAUACUACCCAAAAUACACUCGCCGUACAGUGUAUACGUGUCCUGAAGGAACAGAGAGAUUCAAUACCUCGGCAUCGAGUUUCAGAUGCGAUGAUAUUGACGAAUGCAUCACUGAUGAGAACAAAUGCGAAGGUGGAUGCAAAAACGUUCUCGGAACUUUUCACUGCACGUGUGAUGCCGGAUUUCAUCUCGAAGAAAAGUAUAAAUGCGUAGACACCGAUGAGUGCGAAAGAAAUGUAUGCCAGCAGAAAUGCAUCAAUACCCCGGGCAGUUAUGAUUGCGAAUGCAACGAAGGAUAUGAGACUGGAAGACGUUACGGCUUGUGCAUAGACAUCGACGAAUGCACAGUCCAGGAACCAUGCAAUGAAAGUCAAAUUUGCACAAAUCUUUGGGGACGUUAUGAGUGCGACGAUCCGGAAGAGUGCCCGGAAGAUUACCAAAGGUCAAAGGAUGGUGAAAUCAAUGCAAAAUGCAUCCUUGUUAACACCUCCCUCGCCAAUGCAAAGACGCCACAUUCAAUACAGUUCAAAAAAAUGGCGGUGCCGGCACUCGCAAGCCGUAACAGAGAACUGGGUACGAUGAAGUUUUCAGCUGCCACGGUUACCUCUUAUGACGGUUCAGUGGUAUAUAGACAUCAGUAUUCCGCUCAGCUAGUUAACGGGAACUCUGACUUCAGGUAAGGUGUUAUAUUUUUAA